GGCAAAAUUCUUUAAACUUUUGUUUUUGAAUGUGAUCAGUACAUAAGGCAUUUGCUGUAUUUUCCCAACUAAACACUUGUGAACUUACCAGAGUGAUGGUUUACAGGAACAACAAGAAAAUAUCGCAAAAAAAGAGCAGGAGAAGGAUCUAAUCGAACAAUCUACUCACAAAAAUAUUGCAUCAGAUAUUCCCAUGUCAGACAUGACUGAAGAUGGAGAAAUAUGUCAGGAUUGCGAGCAAAGAAAAUAUGGUGACCUGAUUUUCCAUCUAUUAUAUUGCUAUGAUGUCUACAUCGUAUCGCCUCCUUGCCCACAGAGUCUCAAACAAAAUGGAAUAGACACCUAUCUCAAUGAGAGCAUUGUCAAGCCUCUUGAAGACAAAGGAUAUUAUUGCUACCAUGGAUCCAGAAACAUAACUGGGGGUGACUAUAUUAUUCAGGCUAUGAGUUACCCUAUUACCAUAAUCCCAACAACCAUUGUACCAGUAUUCAAAGAUAAAAAGUUCUCAAACCUACGAAAUUUACUCCUGAGACCAGAUUAUUUGGAACGGACUGUGUUUCUCUUAUUUGAUGCCUCACAAGCUUAUCCCGAUGCAAUAUCAAAGAACAGCUACUCAUUGUCUGUACAUGAUCCCUAUCUGCUGCCAAAACUGAUCCAAACGAUUGAACAAAAUAGGAAAGAGACUCCUCUGCUGCAAAGGAAAAUAAAGUAUGAAAUGGGACCAUAUCCUGCUUCUACAGUAUCCUCCAUUCCAUCGGAAAUGUGCAUAGAGAGAAAUUCCAGAUCAUCUCUCCUUGACAUUUUCAAAAUAGGCCGCCUCUUUCAUUGUAAAGACAGAAUGAAUAGUCAUCCUUUGCAUGAAGAAGGACGACUUUUUCAUGGUAGAGGCAGCAUGGACUGUCCUGACUCAAGAACUUUGUGUGAAGACGAAGAAGAAGAACAUGAAACUGUAUUAUUACCACAAAUACAAGUGCAGCAAUCAAGAUGCUUUUCAACUGCCUUUAAGACGGAUGACGGUACAUACCUUGAAGACCUUAAGUCAACAACUUCUCCAGAUGUCCUUUUGAGUCAUUGUCACCACCAUGAUGAGAAGAUCAGUCAUUUUGCUGCUCGAACAUUGACAAAAACAAUCCAGAAGCGCAUUAACACGUUUUAUAGAAAUAUCAGUUUGUUAAGGUUCGAAACUGAGGUGAGAAUUCUGCUGGAAAAAGAUUAUAUGAGGAAAUGUGAAAUCAACAGCUACUAUGAAAAGCUAUACUUCUGGAUCUUAGCUGCCAUUUACAUUAGGAUCUAUAAAUGCAAUGAUAGCGACUUAAAGUACCAUAUGAAGGCUCUGACCCUGAAAUGGUUCAAAACCAGCACCAAAUCUUUUGAACAACUCUAUCAAAACAAUUAUCUCAAACUUACCAUUUCAAUGAUUGCAAGGAUCAAGGCUUGGCCAAGGCGAUUGGAAAAACAUGAGGCGCAUGUGCAAAUGCUGGAAAACUGCAUUUCUUUGAUGGAUCAAAAUGGUUUUCGAGAUGUUAGAAGGCCGGACAUGAGCACAGUCGUUGAAUAUUUAAUCCAGCUGCCUUGGGAUAUAAAGCAUAUUUUUGUUGUGGUUAUUACUGAAAAGAUCUUUGAAAAAAAAUACACAGAGGCUUGCAUAGUGUUCUUCUAUCAAAUCUGCUCUUCAGUCAGAGACAAACAUCAGGAAACGUAUCUUGAUGUGGUGGAACGAGUGACUGAGUAUAUUCAGGAAAACUACACUAAAGGAGAAUUAACAUUCAGUAUAAAACUACUUGGAAUUUUGUGGGACUUUCUCAAAGACGGGAAGAGAAAGGAUGAAAAGCUGCUUACUAUCCUUAAACAUUUUUUUAAAAAACUACUUUAUCAUCCAGUGACUGACGUCAGAAACUUUGUUGCCCCUCGUCUAUUUAGUGAUGAUGUGAAUGGUAUUGAUGUGUCUCAGCUGGGCAGUAGCUGUAUCAUCGUAGAUGAAGACCUCUUGGAGACAUGCAUACGUGAAAAGAUGUCCCUCAACUACCCAGACAUGGUCCUUCGUGGUCAACUACCAACAACUGCAGAAAAUGUCUUGCUGUUUGAUGCAACUAUGGCAGACGGUGACACUCUAGUACACGUAUUAAGGCAGAGGACAUUGAAUGACAUUCUGCAGACAAAUUCUACAGAUGGUGAUUAUGAACGCUUUCAAGAAAUAUCUAGAGCGUUAGCUACGUGUCAAGGACAUAGGAACAUAGUGACACUGAAGAAGCUUUCUGCAAAUGACGUCUUACCCUUGUUUAUGGUUGAACAUGGAAAACCCCUUCUACAAUUUUUACACAAGAAUGAAAAUCAUCUCACUUGGUCCCAGAUGCUUGAAAUUCUUUCUGAUAUCACAUCUGCUGUUCAGCAUUGCCACCAAAACAACAUUCUUAUCUGUGACAUCUCUCCGGCUAGUUUUGUAGUCACUUCUGGGCCAGGUGGCUUCUGUACUACAAAGCUGUCCAAUUUCCUAUACUCAAAGUGCAUUACACAUGUGGAGUAUUAUGAUCCUUGCGAGGCGUACAUUGAAGAAUACAAUUCUAUCUGUGUUGAAGGAGAAUAUAAGCAACCUCUUGCAGCUUAUUUCAGUGCCCCUGAAACACUGAAAGGGAACUACUUUUCCAAGUCCACAGAAGUAUGGAUGCUCGCUGCAACGUUUUACUCAAUCUUACUUUAUGGCAGACAGCCGUUUGAAGAAUUGUCUCAUCUGCAAACAUCUUGGUUUGUAAGAGAGAUUACUUCAUGCCACACACCUCAGAUACCUGGCUAUUUUCUCCCUGAUUUGCAGAGAAUUCUAAGCGUUAACUUAGAUCAUAAAAUAUGCAACCGCAUGUCAAUAGAAUCAGUACUGGAAGAACUGGAUACAAUAAAAAGUACAUUGGGAGCGAAAGGUGAUGAAAUUUACUGUGUAAGAUCAGUCUGCCCCUGUAUUAAUCCAGAAGACAUCCAGAUGGUAUACAGGGAUCUGAAAGGUGAUUUUAUUGAAGAGAAGGCAGAAAAGUCAACCAGACAAAUAUAUAGGGAUUUCUGCAGACGGAAAAAUCGACUUUCCGAGCUGGUAUCAGUACGAAUGAGCCAAAAAGCAAGGAAAGCAAUAAAGACUCUGAGCCACAUAAAUAUUUUAGCAGUUGAAGAAAUUACAACUGAUUCUUAUACCACAAAACUGGUUUCAGUUCCUUUUGAGUCCCAUUUCUGUAUCUUAAAGAGAAAUGAUGGCAAUAUUAAACUGGACAAGCUCUUGUCAUACUUUGAACAGAUUGUCAAUGCAUUGCAGUAUUUACAUUCCCAAAAUAUACUGCAUUGUGAUUUACGCUGCAGUUAUAUCUAUAUUGAUGACAUAAAGGGAACUUUAAAGCUUGGACAUUUUGGAAGAGCAGUUCUUCUGGAAAAGAAUCAAUCUUAUGUUUUAAAAAUGAUGCCUCCUGAUGCCGUACUCUGGUCAGCAAAUGAAGUGAAAACUAACGGGAUGUACUCACAAGCAUCCGACAUCUUUAAUUUGGCAUCAGUGUUCUGGGAAGCAUUGAACACUCAGAAUAAAAUCCUUCCAGGGUCUCAGCGAAUGUAUGAAAAUCUUCUGAAACCUCCUGAUUCAUGGCAGUAUUGUAUGAAUAAAUUAAUGGACUGUAUGAAGGAAUGCUGGAACAUUAAUCCUACAAAAAGACCUACACUUGAUUCUAUUAGUACAAUUAUCAAAGAGUUGAAGCAGGAAGCCCAAAGGUGGACAGAUGAGAAAACAAAGUUCUCGGACCAUGCACAAAAUGAAGGAGAAACCUAUGAAGAUAUUACCCCCAAUUCUCACAAUACUGAUUCGACCAUGGAUUACGUAUGGAAAAGUAUUGUUUAUGAACUGGAAUCUGGAAUGGAAAUCAAUACACCAUUGCUCUAUGACACAUAUGAAAACACGCGAACCGUCUGCAACAAAGCUAGAAAACAUAGAGGCAUCAUUUUGUAGGCAUAAUCCAAAAAUUGGGUUAUUCAUCUUAGAAAAAAGAUGUCUUAGAGAAGAUCAUCUUUAUACAUACAAGGUCAAGAUUAAAAAGGUUCUUCAUGGAGUGCUAAGUCCCCAAGAUGUAGUAAUGGCAAAUUCAAAAAAGACAUUUGUCUUUUAACCACUUCAACCCCGCUAGCUAAAACCCCCUUAAUGACCAGACCACUUUUUACACUUCUGCACUACACUACU